GCGGGCCGGGCGCGUGUCAUUGGUCCGCCUGUGCGGGCCGCCAGCAGGGUGCGUUGCGCCGGGCUGCGGUUAGUGCCGCGGCUGUCGGCGACGUAGGGAGCAGCCCGGGCGGCGGCGGCGGCGGCGGCGAGAGCGGGAGGCGCCGGGCCCAGCCCAGUACUAGAGUUGCAUCCCAUCAUGUCUGAAGGAGAAGCCAAGCAGGUUCCCAGCAGUGGCUCAGACACAAAGCCAGAAUCCACAUCUUCUGGGCCAGGAAUGACCUCUGUGUCUCCACCAGUGACUUCUGCAGCUCCAGCAGUGCCCCAGGAGGAGGAGGAAGAGGAGGAGAGUGAAGAUGAGUCUGAAAUCCUUGAAGAAUCUCCUUGUGGACGGUGGCAAAAGAGACGUGAAGAGGUGAAUCAGCGCAACGUCCCUGGGAUUGAUAGUGCCUACCUGGCGAUGGAUACAGAAGAAGGUGUGGAAGUUGUUUGGAAUGAGGUUCAAUUUUCCGAGCGCAAGAAUUUUAAGCUUCAGGAGGAGAAGGUUAAAGCUGUCUUUGACAACCUGAUCCAGCUGGAACACUUGAAUAUUGUGAAAUUCCACAAGUACUGGGCUGAUGUAAAGGAGAACAAGGCCAGGGUGAUUUUCAUCACGGAGUACAUGUCCUCAGGCAGCUUGAAACAGUUCCUGAAGAAGACAAAGAAGAACCACAAGACAAUGAAUGAAAAGGCGUGGAAGCGCUGGUGCACCCAGAUCCUCUCUGCUCUCAGCUACCUCCACUCCUGUGAUCCCCCGAUCAUCCACGGCAACCUGACCUGUGACACCAUCUUUAUUCAGCACAAUGGACUGAUCAAGAUUGGGUCAGUGGCACCAGACACCAUCAACAACCAUGUGAAGACAUGUCGUGAGGAGCAGAAGAACCUGCACUUCUUUGCCCCAGAGUAUGGAGAAGUCACCAAUGUCACCACUGCUGUGGACAUCUAUUCCUUCGGGAUGUGUGCGCUCGAGAUGGCAGUGCUGGAAAUCCAGGGUAAUGGUGAGUCAUCCUAUGUGCCCCAGGAGGCUAUUAACAGCGCCAUCCAGCUGCUGGAGGACCCCUUGCAGAGGGAGUUCAUUCAGAAGUGCCUGGAGCUGGACCCUGGGAAACGUCCCACUGCUCGGGAGCUCCUCUUCAACCAAGCUCUGUUCGAGGUGCCCUCCAUGAAGUUACUGGCCGCUCACUGUAUUGUUGGACACCAGCAUAUGAUUCCUGAAAACGCUCUAGAAGAAAUGACCAAAAACAUGGACAUGAAUGCAGUGCUGGCAGAGAUCAACCACACAGACAGGGAAGGGGUCAGGAUGAUCUUCUCCCAGUCCCCGGCACUGGAGCUGGACAAGUUCCUGGAGGAUGUGAGGAAUGGCAUCUACCCACUCACAGCCUUUGGGAUGCCUCGGCCCCAGCAGCCCCAGCAGGAGGUGGUGAAGUCCCCCAUUGUCCCCCCGUCAGUGAAGACCCCAACGCCAGAACCUGCUGAGGUGGAGACCCGCAAGGUGGUGCUAAUGCAGUGUAACAUUGAGUCAGUGGAGGAGGGAGUCAAGCACCAUCUGACGCUGCUGCUGAAACUGGAAGACAAAUUGAAUCGACACUUGAGCUGUGACUUACUGCCCAAUGACAAUAUCCAGGAGCUGGCGGCUGAGCUGGUACAGCUGGGGUUCAUCAGUGAGGCCGACCAGAACAGACUCACCUGUUUACUUGAAGAGGCGUUCAGCAAGUUCUUCUAUGCCCGGACUGGAGCCCUGACGGCGGUGACCGUGUCGUCCUAGCAGCCCCUCCAAGCUGGCCAGCCCAUGACCCUUUUCAGAGUCUGUCCAUCUGGGUAGGGCACCAGCGAGACCCUAGACGCUGCGCUUGGAAGCUCAUCCUGCAUGUGCCGUCGCCAGGCCCAGCGACAGUCUGCCCUGCCUGCCUAUUAAAGGGGACUUUGCGAGUCA